UGCUUGGACAGGCUCCGCCCACUCUGACGUCUCUGCUCGCACGCGGCUCUCACCUCUGCCCUGUCACGGCAUCAAGCUUUUACCCACAUUGGAAAAACGAAACAUGACGCCGAGUGUCUGACUCCCAAGACACAAGAGUCGGAUGGCAGAAACCCGCCGAGACACGCCGCGUUCAGCGUGCGGUUAGGAGCUCAGGUGGAACACCGUGGGAGACAGCCUGAUUUCCUCCUCCUCCCACAGCCAACAUGAUGGAGCAGGCAGAAACCUCGACAAAAGCUUCCGAGGACUCGGCGGCGAAGGAUUCGUCAAGCGAGGAAGAGGUGUCACUGUGCAACUCCACUUUAACCCUGACUUCCCUGGUACCUGACUCACCGCCCGUCCGCCGCUCCCAGCCCAUCGCGAUCACCUCAAACAGGAAGAAAGAAGGUGAAUUUUUGUCUUCCUCUGUUUCCCCCAUACCGAACCCCUUUCCAGAGCUGUGCAGCCUCCCCCAUUCUUCGUUGCUCAACCUUUCACUUCAAUCAGAGUCAAGCGACAAAAGCGUGGUCCAAGUCCACGGAGAGGACGGGUCUACCAGGUCCUUGUCAGUUUCUCGCCACGCAACAGCCAGAGAAGUGUGCAACCUGUUGGUCCAGCUGGCUCACUGCAGCGAUCAGGAGAACUGGGCGCUCCUCGAGUGCUAUCCCACCCUGGGCCUAGAGAGAUGUCUGGAGGACCACGAGAUCGUGCUGGAUGUUCAGGCCGCCUGGUCUGUGGACGUCGAGGCGAGGUUCCACUUUUCCAAAAACUACGCCAAGUACGAGUUCUUCAAUAAACAAACGACCUUCUUCCCAGAGAGUAUGAUCUCAGACAGCACAGACACCAAGAAGAAGAUGACAUCUCAAGAUUUCAUUCAGAAUCUGAUUACAUCUAGAACAACGCCUCAGAUCCAGGGAUUUCUCCACUUAAAGGAGACCAGUAAGAAGUCUUGGAAGAAGGGGUUCUUCGUCCUUCGACGGUCUGGUCUCUACAAAACCAUCAAAGGCUUUGAGAAGGAUCCUCGGCAUCUGCAUUACACUGCCGACCUGGAUGUUUCGAAUGUGUACACAGUGAUUGGUGGCAGCAAACUGUACGGAUCUCCUACUGACUUCACUUUCUGUAUCAAGCCUACCUGGGAUCAAGGCGCAGUUAAGGAUUUAAAGAUCAUGUGUGCUGAGACAGAAAAGAUUCGGACACUCUGGAUCUCUGCUAUCAGAUUGUUCAAGUAUGGGAAGCUGCUUCAGCACAACUUCAAGUUUCCCAAGUCUUCCCCACCAAUCCCAGAUGGCUCCAGGCUCGCAGACAGGAAAUCAAAGUCGGAGGAAAGCUUGGUGGCCAUGGACUUCUCUGGGAAAGCUGGAGGACGGGUCAUCGAUAACCCGACAGAGGCGGAGAGUGCAGAGCAGGAGGAAGGACAGGCUUGGAGGAAGAGAGAAGCCCUCAGGUGCUGCCUGUCCAACAUGAGCUCAGAGCCCUGCACUUCCAACGUUCACAAGACCCAUCCAUGGUUUCAUGGCGGUUUGAGCCGAGGGCAGUCAGAGAAGCUGAUAGAGAAGCAGGGCCUGGUAGACGGGAUGUUCCUCGUCCGUAGAAGCCAGAUGCAUGAAAACUGCUUCGUGUUGUCGCUAUGUUAUGAGCAGAAGGUCAGGCACUACAUUGUGACGCCGAUUUGGGAGGAGGGCAAACAUUACUUCAGCAUAGACCACGGCAAGACUAUUUUCAUUGACAUCCUGCAGCUGGUGGAGUUUUACCAAAUCAACAAGGGCGACCUGCCCGUGCGCCUCAAAUACCCCUGUAUCUGUGUGUCGCUGUGAGCUCCCUCUGCUCUGCGGACCGCUUCGCCUCACACCGAUAUCCAUCAAGAAUACAGAUCAUCCCCGCGAGACGAAGCUGUCAGGGCUGUGGCCAUGACUGAGCAAGAGACGAAGCAUUUCAUCUGCUCCUCCUCACUUUGGGUUUCUUAAUUAUUUUUCCAACAACACAUGUAGCUGUAGACACUGGCUGUUUUUUUUUAUCCUAAUUAAUGAGCAGCGGCCCCACGGAGACAGCUUAAUUAGCCAUGUUGGACAGGCUUUCAGCGCUUUGAGGGGGAGUGUUUAGAGAAGAUGGACUGUGAACUUUACUUUUAUCCAGUGCCAUGCUGUUGCUGCGAUAAAGGGCUGAGACGCUUUAAAUGACGAGGAGCUUCACACGCCUCCAGAUGUGUCACCACUGGAGAACAGAGAGGAAAUGAGCCACUGUGGACGACAGAGGGCACUCAGAGUGUGAUUGGGUUUUUUCAGUUUUUCAGAUGAAAAAGGAAGAAACCGAUUGAUCUCUAAAUUUUGUUUUAACAGAAUGCUUUAAUUCAUAAAGCAUUAAGAUCUGGACUGCUUUAUUCUGGUGUAUCAGAUCUGCACUGCCUUUAGUUUCUCACCUAAAACCGGAGAUGCUUUAAUCUCUCCAUCCAUUAUCUAGACCUGCUUAUCUGUACCGGGUCGCGAGGACAGUGCUUUAAUCCAUGUUAAACUGUAAUAUUUCUCAUCGCUAACUGCAUAGAAAAACCAUUAAAUUAUGUCCCGUAAAGACACUCAGGAAGAACAUUAUUUUAUACGUGUUACUUCUAUGUUGUAUAUUUUUCUGUAGGAUUAUUCCAAAUAAAGCUCUUUGUACAGAA